UGUGCAACAUCCUGGGGCUGUGAAUGGUGCUACGUAAGUGCGGGGUCUUGUCUUUAUCCAAUUGUUCACUUCACACCGUCUCAGGGCUUCGGGGAGAAUAAACAGGAACAUGUUGCAGGAAAUUAAACAUUGAUUUGAUUUUGCAGUGGAGCCCUGGCUUUAAAAAUAAACAUGUUGUGACUGAUAGUAAUUCUGCCUACCGCCUGUGGAAUGGGGCGCUUUAAAAGAGCAAUUAAUUCUGCUAAUUAUUUCUACCUUGCAUCAUUAUAUUUGUGCUCUGAACGUGUCGGUAUUCAUAUAAUGAAAACCAUGCAGCUUUUUUAUUUCUUCUGCGCCUAGAUGUGUGUUUUGAAACAGAGACUUUGCAACAGGAUGUGGUUUAGCUCAGUGCACCAAGUCUGGACUACAGCAGGUUUCCUGUCAAGCUGCGACUGACUGCUGAGGGCUGGAGCCGUUAUCUCCCCGCUGUCAAGAGUCAAGCUUGCCCUUCGUGCCUCACUUCCUUGGUUUCUUACAGCAUUUCCUGAGCACAAAUCGAUAAACCACUGACAUGCUGUGGAAAGGGGAAAAAAAACACAAAAAACUUUUAAGCGAGGCACGGGAAGCUGAUGUUUAAACUCCCCGUUUUACAGGCCUGGAUAAGAGGAAAACUCCUACACACUUGAAGCGGUGUAAACUUCACCAACCGGCUGACAACAGGCGGACCGAGUCUCCAGUGGAAAGGACAAGCCAGGCAGGAAUCCUGUCGUUUCUUUUCGCCCACAAUGUGGACUCUGCAGAAAUCAUUUUGUGUCAGAAGCUACUGAUUUUAAAAAGUCGUGUCAGGAUGUGAGUCUGCACUUGGCCCUGGAGACAUUUGCUGGGAUUGUUGGUUGUUUAUUUUUUUUCUUCAAAAGACAAACCCCAUGGUUGUUUUCGGAUAGCUCCCGCGACAGAGCACUUUGAGCCGGGGAUUACUGAAGUCAACUUGUUCACUAAUGAAGAACAAGGCAGCCAAGCAGAAGGGAAAGCGGAAAGGUGCGAAGGACACUGCGUUUGGCUGUGACCUGGGCGAACACUUGCACAGCUCCAGCCAGGAUGUUCCUCAUGUCCUCAAAAGCUGUGCCGAAUUCAUUGAGAAACAUGGCAUUGUAGAUGGUGUCUACAGACUCUCAGGGAUUACAUCCAACAUCCAAAAGCUAAGGCAGGAGUUUGGCACAGAGCAGCAGCCUGACUUGACGAAGGAAGUGUAUCUGCAAGAUAUCCACUGUGUGGGAUCUCUCUGCAAGCUCUAUUUCCGAGAGCUACCCAAUCCUCUCCUCACAUAUGAACUCUACAAAAAAUUCACAGAGGCUGUUGCUGCUCAGUCUGAGGAGGAGCAGCUGGCGAGGAUCCAAGAUGUCAUCAAAGAGCUACCUCCCCCACAUUACAGAACUUUGGAAUACCUGAGCAAACAUUUAACACAAAUAGCCUCGUUUAGCAACAAGACAAACAUGCACUCCAGGAACCUAGCCCUUGUAUGGGCUCCCAAUCUCCUGAGGUCAAAAGAAAUAGAAAGCUCUGGAUAUAACAACGAUGCUGCGUUUCUGGAGGUGCGAGUUCAGUCCAUUGUUAUUGAGUUCAUCCUGAAUCACGUCAAUCAGCUGUUCAACAGUAACGCCACGCAGAUCAAGCAAGUCGUUGAAGCACACAAUCCUGUUGCUAAAUGCAAGUCACUUCCGAUUGUAUCACCGUCCAUGAAGCUUUUAUCCCUGGAGGAGGCUCAGGCCAGGACCUUGAAACCAGACCAUCCUGCGCGACUGGAGAAAAUACACAGUGCUCCAAUGAACACUGGCCCUGCUGCCGGGACUAUUUAUCACACCGUCAUCGAUCUGCCAGACCCCAGGAGAAAGCUCUCUGCAAAGGCUAAGAAGUGGAAAUCCAUAUUCAACCUGGGGCGAUUGGGAAACGAUUCCAAGGGUAAACUAAGCAGGAAUGGCAGCGUGUUUGUGAGAGCACCACCGUUUGCAGAAAAAGGCAACAUUCGACCUGCUAAGAGUAUGGAGUCCCUUUGCUCCUUGCCAUUAGAAGAUGAUGAAAAGGGUGUUCGAUUUAAACAUGGAGCAACUCUGGGAGGAGGGCUCUCAGGAUCGAUGAAAUCGCACACUCUUGGAUCAGGAAGUUCCUACAAUCUAAGUCGGAGGCACAGCGAUUGGGAUCAGGAAGAGCUGGUGGGUGCGAUUGGAGGAUGUGUGGGGAACAUUAGCCCGGGAACGUCAGACAAAGAGACAGCGAUUUUGAGAGCGCAGCCGGAGCAGCUGAAGGUGUUCUGUGGGGAAGCCUUCAACAAAUCGGAGCCAUCACCAAAGACGAGACGGUUGUUUUACUCAGCAAAUUUCAAUGAUUCGUCACCCAAGUCCAAUUUCCCAGGUAACUUGUUUCCCCUUGAAGCAUCACCACGACAUCAUAGAAAACCAAUGGCAGUGAAUAUUUCUGAGCCUUUUUCCACAUCUGUGCCGUUACACAUCUCAGGGAUUAUCAAUCCCCGUGUCACACCUUGUAAGGAAGCACUAAAAGAUGCACAACAUCUGAAUGCCACAGGAUCACUAGAGUCAAUGGACAGGCCAUCGCCUCCUGAAAGCAGCACCUUUGACAACGCCAGUGAAGAGAAGGAAGAUCAAACUGAUUCAGGCCAGCAUAAACAGAAGGAUGACCAGAACAUUGAAACGGAUGGAUCGAGGGCCGAAUGGCAUGUUGUUUCCACAAAUUCAUCAUCGCAGAAUCAAGCAGAGCUCUCCCUAAACCCAACACAUCAGGACUCUGAUCCAUUGCAGCCUUUCUCUUCCUCAGAGUCCGUGACCAUCUCAGCUGCAUCUCUAAACCCCUGUGAAAACACAGAGCAAGAAGAAGUGCCUCCUCCAAUUGUUCCCUCAGCAGAGAAUCCAUGUGAAAAUGAACAUCAAAGUGGGAGCAUCAAAGAGAAUCCAGCAACUAAACAGGAUGCCGAUUCCUCUGCCAAGCUAUUUAAGGAGCAUCUGUGGCCUCAAGCCAAAGAGCUUGAGAUUAUUGAAACUGAGGAGACCACUGGGCCUGAUUUCUUUCUGGAAAAGAUGGAAGAAAAAUUGGAUCAAUCUCGUGACGACAGCCAGAUCGAGUAUAUGUCUCUGCCUGAUGCUUCAACAGCGGUAAAUAUUAUUGGACGGCACAGAAUGCACAGUCUCCCCAACCUGUUCUUACAAAGCUCCCCUCUAAUGGUUGAAACUGCUCAUGAAGAAAUGGACUUAAACUCCACAAGUAGCAAAUGUCCCAGUGAAGGGAAGAACAUCAAGACACCUGAUCAAGUGUGCCAGACUCAGGACAUUAAAUCUUUGGAGUCCUUACAAGAUGCUUCCUCCAAGAUGGAACUUAUACGACCAAUAACGGAUCAAAAUACUUUGAAGGUGAAAGUGGAGACUUCACCAACAGCAUCUGCAGAUUCAGAAUUAGUCGAUAUUAAUUCAGAUAUAAAGCAUCAGUAUUCAAUUGGUUCUCCUGGAUUUCAGUCUUCAGAACCUUGCAUUAAGAAAACUGGACCAAGUGAGGUGGCUGUACAUUCAACGCAUAAUCUGUCUGAUGAGAAAAGAGAUCAAGAGGAGCAUCUGGCAGAUAUUCAGUCCGAUCUGAAAGCUAAAACUUUGACAACCGUUGCCAGUGAGCUACCCUGUCCCAAACACUGGAUGGACAACGAUGCAUUUAAUGAACGUAACUCGCCUUCAUUCGAAGUCAAAGAGGAUGAGGAAGAAUGUCUGGCAAAGAUGUCACCAGAUAUAAGGCCAGAGGAGUGGCGAUAUGCUGCUGCUCAGGAUAUAUGGUCCCCUGAUGUGUGUACAGAUAAAGUAUCCCCUGACGAGCCUCCUGAAUCAUCAUCUCAGUGUGUUAACCAAAAUAUUGAUUGGAUCAGUCAAAACCCAGAGACCGCUUUAUCAAUUUGCAAUGAUGAGCAUUUGAGCAAUACCUCUCUUGUAAGCAAAUCUGUAACUUCCCUCAAUGAAAUGGAGGAAAUCGCCAGACAUAGCCAGCUAACUGUUGCAACAGCUGAACACAAUUCAUUGGCAUCUUCUAAACAGGAUAGUUUAUACGUUGGAAACUUUGGAGCCAGUGCAGAAUCCACAGCGGUAACACCUGGCACAAUUGAGGGAGGUUGCUUUGCAUCUGAAGAUAAGACACCAUUAUUUGCUUCAUACUCCACAGUCAACAACCAACCUUCUGUGUCUGAUGAAACCCCAGUUCAAUCAUUCCCAGUUGGUGUCACUGCAGUUCGAACAACCUACAUGAUAAAGACAUGUCAGGUCAAAGCAAUCCCAGUCAUUCCACCAAAGGUGCAGUUUACGCAGGUCCCCAAGCCUUUGCCAAAGAAGAGCCUCACACCCUCUUCCCUCCCUCUGGACAAAGUUCUAACCGUUCUGCAACCUGUUGAGCCAAGUUGGCCUGACAGCAAACAAAGACUGGAUUCGACAGCAACCAAUUCUUCACCGGCAGAAUCUAAAGACGGGAAAGAAAAUGGUCUGCCAAAGUCUCAAUCACCUGAGCAUGGCGGGUAUGUUGUCUCUCCAGAUACAUCCAUCACACAAUCUAAACCCAGUCAAGCAGCACCAGUUGUGCAGAAAACCUCCACGGCAAAUGGAGAAGAUGUCCCAGAUAGCCCGUCAUCUUUAAGAAUGGAUAGAUCCGUGGUGCAGCAGAAGCCUGGGUUUAUACGCCACUCUCAGCACAGAUCGAAGGCAGGUAGGCCACAAAGCCUCAUCCUCUUCAGCCCUCCCUGGCCAAGCAUGGAACGCUCUUCCCCUGGCGAGCUCAGCCAUACGCCACUCAGUCCAGUGAAAUCCAGCCCUGAGCCAUGUACAACAUCAGAGCUGGAUCAUUCAGCUCCAGGCAGCUACUCCCAUCAACUUACUGACAGUCCGAAAGAGCCAGAGGGUGUCACCUCCGAAAACCACAUGAGCAUGCCUAAAAAUGGGCAGCGGUUGGAGACCUCAACAAGUUGUUUCUACCAACCUCAGCGGAGGACCAUGAUAUUUGAAAAUAGAGGUGGCAGGCAAAUUGAAUGACUAAUUUUAAAUGAUCCACAUAUUUCAGACAGCUUACAUAAGAUUUUAUUUGUUUUGCCUCUUUUCAUAUUCUUCCUCACAAGCUCAAAUGUCGACCACGGUUUUAAAAUAUGCUUCAGAAUAUGGAGGUAGAGAAGGUUAAAUAUCCAGACUUGGGCAAGGUAAAGAAUAUUAGGCGAACCAGCUUUAGAUGUUACAAUUGCUAAGCCUUUAAUAAAGGGUGCUUCCUUCUAACUUUGCAAUGCAACAUAUACCUAUGAUCAAAUCUAUGAUCAAGUGAGUGGAGGAAAUGUAAAAUAUGCUAAUUAACAGCCAAGUCGUUCCUUAAAAUGAACAUUUUGUAAGCUCCCUCAGAAUUAAAACUGUGCCUUGAAUCUGUGGGAGCUGAUAACAGCAAACAAAAUCAGUCCCACUGAAGAAUCAUCUCUCAUUUUAGCCUGAUCUCUACAAGGGGUACGUUGCUAUAAUAUUUCUUAUAUUUUAUAGCAAGCCUUGUAAGAAAAAGAUUUUACCUGAUGUAUUAUAAGUGUGGAGAAUGCAUUGUUGAUGGUUAUUGCACUUAAUGAUCGACUUUCAUGAUCAUUGCAAACCAUGUUGUUUUAUUAUUGCUUACUGUACCUAUUACUCUAACUAAUAGAGCAAUGUAAAUUCAAAUUAUAUCUCCUUACAAAAUUUUAUUGAUUUCGUUAUACCUCACAUAAAAGCAAAGAAUGACAAAUUAAGAAUUAAACAGUCACUUCUGACCAAAGCAGAAAAUCUAUGUUAGACGUACUACUGUAAUAUUUAUCUAAAUACAACCAUCUCAGAGAAUAGACAUCAGUGACCCUGUACAUUCUUUACCAUCUCAGUUUCAAUGUUUUAUGAUCCUCUCAUCUGUAUUGAAAUUAUUUCUACAAUGUCAAAUAUUAAAUGUAAGUAUUUUUUGUCCAGUAAGAGAAUUAAAUUGUUUGAACAAAAAUGUACUCGUAAAAUGUUUCAUCAUUCCGAAAAGCAGAAAAUCCUGGAACUGCUCUGCAGGUUGGGCAGCAUCUGUGGAGGAAAAAGCAAAGUUAAUGUUUCAGGAUGAGGCUUCUUGUAAAUCACAAAGCAAUGGGACACUCUCCCUCCUCUCAAGCUAACAGAUCAGUACAGACACCUUAGCUCAUCCACUCAUAACUAUCCAUCAGAGCUGCAUGUAUUAUCCAGCUGAAGCCUAGGACUGCUUUCCGUUUAUUGCAUGUCCCAGUUCCAUUACCCAACGUUACCAUCUUAAGGUGGACCAACAAUGGCAAUCUCUGUGGGCCAGUGGAUAUCAGGUAAGGUCAGAAUGUUUCUGUUAUUAAAUAACAGGCUAAAAGCCAUUGCAUCGAUACACAUGUUAAAAGCUUUUACCAAUCAAGCAGACCUGGCAAGGAUGGCAUUAAGCUUCAAGUAUUCUUGGAGCGAUAAUACCAAUUUCCAGCAACAUCUCCGAGUCCAGCAUGCAUAAUGAUUUAUUUGAAAUGUGUUAUAUUGGCAUUUAACAUCCCAUUUUCUGCUGAAGCAAAAUUCAGCAACUAAUGGAGUGAGAAUCAAACCGUAUCUGUACCUGGUGGCACUGUUUAGAUUGUUAUACCUACUGUCAGAAUUAUAAACCACACCUGUUAUUAAGUGGAUUUUUGAUUAAAAAUUUGUGACUCAAAGUAACUUUAGAUGUUUGUAAUACUGCUACAAAUAUACUUCUCCUCACACCCUAUAUGGGUUAACUUUAAAUGCAUUUCAAAACAAUUCUUAUAUACUGUAACUGGGUUAUUCAAUUUUUGUCACGUGUGCCUAGAUACAGUGAAGUUCCUCUUUUUUGCCUAGUGUUCAGUACAAAUUUUACUUUACAAAUGCGCAAACAUAAUUAAGUUCAGGAGUGCAGGAGGAGUAGAUGACUCUAAAACAGUAAAUGUUUCUGCACCAUUUUGUAUGAUUCAGGUCCAAAGUUAUAAAAAUGUGAAGUGUUAACUUGGUCAUCAAGGCCGGUUGUCCUGGCGAUGGCACUGCGUUGGAGUUGCAGGGUUAGCCUGGCCAGGCAAUGUUG